AUGACACUGGAAGUACUGCCAAAAGCGCAAGACGAGAAAAGAGUCGGGACCUUGGGUGCUGUCCCAGAGAAAGUCACGAGUCACACGCCCUUGUUGUCGCCGAGAGCGAUGCCACCGGGCCACUCGGAAAACUGGGCCUCCACACUCGUCAUUUUCUAUGUAAUGUUUGUCUCUGAGGCAGCCAGAGGUCUAGUUUUGCCUUCGCAGUGGUCUUACCUCGCUGAAACUCUGAACGGAACCGAGACGCAACUUGGAGCACUGGUUUCGAGCUUUUCCUUGGGUCGGCUUUUGGCCACCAUACCACUGGGCUAUCUGUCGGACACGUGGUCGUCUGGAUCUAUCCUCCUCAUAUGCUGCAUGUUGGCAACCAUUGGUAGUGUCGGGUAUGCAACGGCGCGCUCCUUUACCUGGCUGCUGUUGACGCGAAUCCUCACGGGUGUUGGCAGCGCGACGGUAAGCGUUUGUCGCGCCCAUAUUGCUCGAGCAACGAGCGUGCAGGAGCGCACGGCAUAUUUCUCAUAUCUUUCAGCGGUUCAGUUUAUCGGCUUCGCGGUGUUACCUAUUCUAGGAGUCGCCCUCAGUGCCCUGCCUCAAACGCGUUUUGGGAAGGUCAUUCUCGAUGAAUUCCGUUAUCCCGGUUGGGUACUCGCUUUGUUGAACCUAAGCGCCAUUGGCGCGCUCUUCGCCUACUAUCGAGACCCGCCGAAACAUACCCGCGGAACGAUUAUGGUUCCAUGCACAGCUGAGCGCCCGGAUAUCGAACGCCUCGAGUCUUCCGAGGCCGCAGCUGAAGCGAGCCCGGCCACGAGGUCGGACGCUGAAACAGGGCCAACUGCAGACAAUGCCAUGCACAACGUUUCAGAUGCAGCGCAGUCGGCAUACUGUGCAGCAGGCCCCGAGGUGCGAUCAUUGAACAGAGCUGGCGCAGAGCACGCCAUGCUUCACGCUGAUCGAAUCAAGAAUGUAGACGAGUGCCAUGAACCGGCGGUGGCAUCUAGACGAAGCGGUUCAGGAUAUGACACGGCUGCUGUAAGCGAUCGCAGCGAUCGAGCCGUACUCAUCACCUGUUUGCUCAUCAAUAUUUGUUUUCGGGGCGUAUGCGCUGUCGUCGAGACGAUCAUUGCCCCGAAUCUUGUCAGCGGGGAGGGCCUGUCCAUCACGAAAACAUCAUUGAGCAUCGGAGUCCUCGGCAUCAUCGGUCUGUUGGCAUACUUGGCUUUGCGGCCCCUGUCUGCAUGGUAUGGCGAUUACCCACUCGUGGUUGGCGGUCUCGCUAUGAUGACAUUAGGCACGCUGGUUCUGGUGGCCCAGUCGCGCUACACGCUGCCGCUGUGGAUCUACUUUAUCGCGCUGUCCACUAUCUGGAGCAUCGGCUACCCGAUAGGUCAAACAGCCACGCUGAGCCUCUUCAGCAAGGUCUUGACGAACGUACCAACUGGUGGAUUCCUCGGCAUCUUCUCGGCGGCAGGAAGCGUCGCGCGUCUGACAUUUGCGACGCUCGCAGGUUUCUUAGAUGACAAGGCUGGCGCAGGCGGUCCCUUUGUACUGUCGUCGCUUGUGUGCGUUACGUGUCUAGUGCUGACGAUCUUGUACAGGCGCAAGUUUAUCGCAGCGUUAUAUCCCGCUCACGCAUGA